GCGGCCGCCUGUUCUGCCGUGCCCCGGAUGUGGCCCCUGCCCGGGAAAAUGGCGGCGCCAGGGUGGGCGGAGGGAGCGCUGUAGCGCCCGGUGGCCUCCCCGCCAUGGCGGACCUGGGCCGGCAGCUGCACGAGUACCUCGCGCAGUCCAAGGCUGGUGCUACCACCGGCCCCAGCGCGGUCCCCACACCGCCGGCCGCCGGCGGCUCGCAGGAGGAAGCGGGUGACGGCGGCGGGCUGCGGGCCUGGCUGGGGGCGCUGAACCCGUUCCCUCCGGGCACUCCGCCAGGCGCCACGGUGUGGCCUUGGACGGGAGAGGAGGACCCGUGGCUGCUGGGGCUGUCCCGCUGGCAGCGGCUGGCGGGCAGUGGGCUGUGCGUGCUUCUGGCCGCGCUGUGCUUCGGGCUGGCCGGGCUGUGCGUGCCGCUGCUGCUGCUGCGCGCCCGCAAGUUCGCGCUGCUCUGGUCGCUCGGCUCGCUGUGUGCGCUGGGCGCCGCCGCGCUGCUGCGCGGGCCCGCCCGGCUGCUGCGGGAGCCCGGCCGCGGGGCGCUGCUGUACCUCGGGGCGCUGUUCGGGACGCUGUACGCCGCGCUGGCGCUGCGCAGCACCGUGCUCACAGCGCUGGGCGCUGCCGCGCAGCUGGGCACGGCCGCCACCGCGCUCCUGGCCGCGCUGCCCGGCGGUGCCGCCGGCCUGCGCCGCCUCGCCGGGCUGCUCCGCACCGCCGUGUGCGGCCGAGGCAAGGCUCUGCCGCUGUGAGCCCGGCUCUGCAGCUGUGAGCCCGGCUCUGCCCCGCUCCGCCGCGGUGAGCCCGGCUCAGCCCGGCUCUGCGGCCGCACCGGGGGACGAGCAGGUGUCCCUCGAGCCAGCCGGACCCACACGGACCCAGAGCCAGCCGACUCCAGACGGGGGACGCCGCUUCUCUUGGCCUCCUCCGCAUCCUGUCGCGUUUUCCUCGCCAUCGCUCGAGGGGCAGCAGCGGGGCUGGCAGCCUGGAGCGGCCCCGGUGACUCGGAGCUGUGGGUGCUGUGUGCGGUGUCCGCCUGCCGAGCCUGCCCCGAGCUCGGUGUUUGCCUUACCGCGCUGUCAGCUCCGUGGCCAUGGCUUGGCAUCGCUCCACCCUCGGGGGGAGCUGGCAGCAUCACUUCUACCUCCAGCGUGGGACCAUGUGCUGCUGCAGCGGCUGCUGCAGACCGAGAUCGGAGCCGCUGCGUUGUCAUUACGGACUUGAGGAGCAGCUCAGGUGCGCAAGGCUGACGGAUGCUGAAAGCCGAAGAUGAUUUAGCAAAAUGCGAACGAGUAUAGGGGAGAACAUUGAAAAAUUACCUGGUAUUACCUCCUUUUGUGCUGACCCCUGCACUAUGAACGUACUGUUUUAGCUGUUACCUCAGACCAAUGUUGAAUAUGAAGACUGUGGCCACUGAACUGCAUUUCUCUCUAAAAAGCAGCUUUAAAAUAACCAUCCAGAAGGCAGACCUGCAAGCAGUGGUGAUCACCUGCAUUUUGGAAUUUUAACGUCAGCACCAUUGUAAUCUGUAGACAGCUGUGGCUAAAAGUGAAACUUCUCUAUACAUGAUAAACCAAAAAACUAGGAAUGGGCUCUCCGUAUUGUAAAUGGCUGAGAUUUCAGGAGGUAGUACUGUUGCUCCAUCUGAAACACAAGUUUGCCUAAAUACAACCCUCUGUAGAAAUAGGAUUCUGGUUUCCUCCCUCCUUCAAAGCGUGGGAAUUCAUCUGGAGUGGGAAGCAAACCCUUCCGAGCUCCUGAGCAGUAAGAGAAG